GUGCCUCGAGCGCCGUGACAGCAAAUGCAAGACCAAGAACUUUUGCAUGCCUUUUUAUAUCCCAGCUUUUAAUCCUUGAUAUCCUUCUGACUGUGAUGGUAACAGCGUAACGCCAUGAUCCGAGCAGCCCUUCUCGUCGCUCUCUUUGGCCAAACCAUUGCAGCUUUCAACAACCCCCCUGGCGUCGACAUAUGGUGUGGAAAAGCCUAUCGUCCCACAAAUGCAUCGUUUGAACCGGGAGGAUGGCUAGAAGAACCAACUGCGUCAUCAACGCCUCGACUGGAUUUACGGAUCCGGCCUCGCAUGAGUCUUUACACGGCAGAGGAAGAAUCGGGGUCGUUUAUUAUUGAUGCGGGGAUUUCGCGUACGCAUGGGGAGCCGUUUGAUUUUCGGUCUGUGGUGUUGCUGGAUUCUGCGCAAUCGUGUCGGGUGCUACUGGUGGAUGUUUUGAUUGAACAGGCUGGGGUUGAGUUGAGGCGUUCCGUGCCUGUUAAUUCGACUGCGAAUGAGGUUGUUUUCGAGUUGGAUGGGCUUGAGCCGCGGUUUGAGCCGUACGAUAUUUUAGUGACGGUGUCUUAUCCGUCGGGGAAUCAGAGUAAACCGGUACAUACGGCUACGACGCAGGUGUAUCGGUUGCCGGAGAGGGCAGACGGGGGGAGUAUCACCAAGAUUGAUAGCCUGUAUGGGGGUCUACUGGUCCAGGACUAUCUCAGCGACUCGUCUGUGUGGACGCCUAUCUUGCCGUAUUCCUUUUACGUGAGCUGGGGCGGGUGGCUGGAGAAGUCGUUGGACAAUGUGCAGAAAUUCAAGGACCAGGGAUAUAACAUCUUGCAUCUUGUUCCUGGUGGAGGAACGUUUGGUGAAGCUUUCAACCUGACUGAGCUGAAUAUGUUCCUCGAUAAGUGCGAUGAGAUUGGACUGUGGGUUAUGUGGGAUAUGCGGUGGACUUAUCAGAACUUGACUUCUGUGGAAGAGCAGGUGAAUAUGUUCAAGUCCAGGAAGAGCAUGCUGCUUUGGUAUACUGGUGAUGAGCCAGAUGGGCACAGUGAUCCGUUGAAUGCUACCAAAGAGGCGUACGAUAAGAUCAAAUCCUUGGAUCCCUGGCAUCCUAUUUCGCUGUGUUUGAACUGUUACAACUUCUACUAUGAGGAGUACUCGUCAGGAGCGGACAUUAUUCUCUCUGAUGUUUACCCCAUUGCGGUCAAUACCAGCUGGUCGGAUCAGUAUGAUACUGCGUGCAACACGACGUAUGGCUGCUGUGGCUGCGACGACUGCCAUGGCAACUUUGAGGAUAUCUCCCUUCGUCUGGAUCGUUUUUCCCAGUAUCAAGCCUGGAUCGGUGGAGGUCCUAAGACAUACUGGGGAGUUCCACAGGCGUUUGGCAAUGACUCCUUCUGGAAGCGCUCUCCAACCCCCGAGGAAGAAGUAAUCAUGAAUAUGCUCAGUAUCAACCACAACGCCAAAGGUAUCGUCAUGUGGACCUACCCGACCAACACGGAGAUUGUGAAUAUCGCAAGCAAACUGAGUCGAGUCUUGGUAUCUCCGGAGGUGACGGGAUUUCUGCUGGGAGCACAAACGACGCCCUUGCAGGUGGAGGGGCAGCAACGGAUAGAUGCGGCUGGGUGGAGAAUUGGAAAUCGGAUGCUUGUCAGUAUACUGUACUUGGAGUAUUCCGCACUGCAAUCGCAGGUCACAGUGUUGUUGCCUGAGGGUAGAGCUCGAUCUAUCCCUCGCACUCUGUGGGGAUCUGGUGAUUGGUCAGUACAUGAAGGCCAACUGGUGAAAAACAGCCUUUCGGGACUGGAGACGGAUCUGUUGAUUAUAGAGUUACAGUAAAUCGAGACCAAGACACUCACUCACCUUAUGGAUUCCCCCCACUGAGUGUAUCCAGAAUGUAGGCACUAAGUGUAGAUCGGUGGAUGUCCGGGGAAGCCGGCUAUACUGAUUCAGGCAUAGUGCUAUCGUUAUCGGGGGGGGCAUCAUCGAGCAACGCAAGAGAGCAACGCAUGAUGAGGUCAACGACGGCCGUAUUUCGCCAUCAAAAAUGGACAAAGAGACAGUAGAUCAUCGAGUUUACUAGAAUAAAAAGCAGACAUCUUCCCCGCCUGACCACAUGUGGUGAUGAGCCUACAGCAGUCAACCCCUCCCCCUGUCAUGUGCCCCGCGUUGCGUGUAGAUACGGCACGUUAUGUAGAGUUGGUUAUCUAGACAAUAUCACCCCUCUCUCUCUCUGUUCUGACUCCCGUCCUCUGCCGAAGAUUUUCUGCUCCGUUUAUUUCCCCUUCUCUUU